AUGCCAACCGAAGCGGAUUUCGCCAAGCCGCGCUUCAUCACUGGUGGUUGUCUUUGCGGCUCCCUCAGAUACCGCAUCGACUUUCAUGAUAGCCAUGACUUCCUAGGGGCGUCUGGAACAUGCCAGUGCACACAGGACCGCAAGGCUACCGGCUCGCUGUGGCUGCAAUACCACAAGGUCACGCCGCCGUCGAAAUUUAAUUUCACGUCUCCUACGACGUCGCUGAAGCACUAUAAUGCCUCUCCGGGCGCUGCGCGUGGCUUCUGCGGCGAGUGUGGCAGUUUCCUGUGCUGGAAGCCGGUGGAGGGCACAGGUCGAGUCACGAUAUCCGUGGGCACGGUUGACUCGCUCUACUUGUUCGGUGAGGGCGCAGACGGCAAGGAAGUUCCAGAGGGAGGGUUCGGGUUCGCGCUGGCGAAUGGUGGCGGUGACCAUGAAUGGUGUGGGAACGAGAUUAAAAGUGUCACCGAAGGCCUCUCUAUUCUGGGACACGAGAGGGGAAAAAGAUGGGAUGGUGACCCUAAAUGA